CUCCCAGCGUGCCCCGCGCGGUGUGUGGAGAGCGCGGCCUGUUCCCGCGUCGCGCCCUCGCCGCCGCCGCCGCCGCCGCCGCCAUGUCGGAGUACAGCCCCGCCGGGCCGCCGCCCGCCCCAGGGCCGCCCGGGGGGGCCCCCGCCGCCGCCGCCUCCGCCGGGGGACCGCCGCCUCCGGGCGGUGCGGGCGCGGGGGGGGCCGCGGGCGGCGGGCCGGGCCCGGGCGGCGCGGGGGGGGGCCCGCCCGGCGGCAUCCGCAAGGACGCCUUCGCCGACGCCGUGCAACGGGCCCGGCAGAUAGCGGCGAAAAUCGGGGGGGAUGCAGCGACGACGGUGAACAACAACACCCCCGAUUUCGGCUUCGGGGGGCAGAAGCGGCAGCUGGAGGAUGGCGACCAGCCAGAGAGCAAGAAGCUGGCGGCACAGGGGGACUCGCUCCCGACCCAGCUGGGACCCAUCCACCCCCCGCCCAGGUCAACAGUGACAGAGGAGUACCGUGUCCCUGACGGCAUGGUGGGACUCAUCAUCGGCCGCGGCGGGGAGCAGAUCAAUAAGAUCCAGCAGGACUCGGGCUGCAAAGUACAGAUCUCCCCAGACAGCGGCGGGUUGCCGGAGCGCAGCGUCUCCCUGACGGGAUCCCCCGAGGCCGUGCAGAAAGCGAAGCUGAUGCUGGACGACAUCGUCUCGCGGGGGCGGGGGGGGCCCCCGGGCCAGUUCCACGACAACGCUAACGGCCAGAACGGGACAGUGCAGGAGAUCAUGAUCCCCGCCGGAAAAGCCGGCCUUGUCAUCGGCAAGGGCGGCGAGACCAUCAAGCAGCUCCAGGAGCGAGCCGGGGUGAAGAUGAUCCUGAUCCAAGACGGUUCCCAAAACACCAAUGUUGACAAACCCCUGCGGAUAAUCGGGGAUCCCUACAAAGUCCAGCAAGCCUGCGAGAUGGUGAUGGACAUCCUGCGCGAGCGCGACCAGGGCGGCUUCGGCGACCGCAACGAAUACGGUUCCCGCAUCGGUGGUGGCAUCGACGUGCCGGUUCCCCGGCACUCGGUCGGCGUCGUCAUCGGCCGCAGCGGGGAGAUGAUUAAGAAAAUCCAGAACGACGCAGGGGUGCGGAUACAGUUCAAACAAGACGACGGGACGGGCCCCGAGAAGAUCGCCCACAUCAUGGGCCCCCCCGAGCGCUGCGAGCACGCUGCCCGCAUCAUCAACGACCUCCUCCAGAGCCUGCGGAGCGGCCCCCCGGGACCCCCGGGGCCGGGGAUGCCCCCGGGGGGGCGGGGGCGCGGGAGGGGCCAGGGCAGUUGGGGCCCCCCCGGGGGCGAGAUGACCUUCUCCAUCCCCACCCACAAGUGCGGGCUGGUCAUCGGCAGAGGCGGGGAGAACGUCAAAGCCAUCAACCAGCAGACGGGGGCCUUCGUGGAGAUCUCCCGCCAGCUGCCCCCCAACGGGGACCCCAAUUUCAAACUCUUCAUCAUCCGCGGCUCCCCCCAACAGAUCGACCACGCCAAGCAGCUCAUCGAGGAGAAGAUCGAGGGUCCGCUCUGCCCCGUUGGGCCGGGGCCGGGGCCGGGGGGGCCGCCGGGACCCGCCGGCCCCAUGGGACCCUUUAACCCGGGACCCUUCAACCAGGGGCCCCCCGGAGCCCCCCCGCACCCCGGAGGCCCCCCCCCCACAUCAGUACCCCCCCAGGGCUGGGGCAACACCUACCCCCAGUGGCAGCCGCCGGCCCCCCACGACCCCAGCAAAGCGGCGGCGGCGGCGGACCCCAACGCCGCCUGGGCCGCCUACUACUCGCACUACUACCAGCAGCCGCCGGGGCCGGUGCCGGGGCAGCCCCCCGCCCCCACCGCCCCCCCCGUCCAGGGGGAGCCCCCCCAGCCCCCCCCCACCGGCCAGUCCGACUACACCAAGGCCUGGGAGGAGUACUAUAAGAAAAUAGGCCAGCAGCCCCAGCAGCCCGGGGCCCCCCCGCAGCAGGACUACACGAAAGCCUGGGAGGAAUAUUACAAGAAACAAGCAGCCCAGGUGGCCACGGGGGGUGGUCCCGGGGCCCCCCCCGGCCCCCAGCCCGACUACAGCGCGGCCUGGGCCGAGUACUACCGGCAGCAGGCGGCCUACUACGGACAGACCCCGGGGCCGCCGGGCCCGCGCCCCCCCCCCACGCAGCAGGGACAGCAGGCUCAGUGAACCGAAUGUGAACCCCCCCGUCUGUGACCCCCCUUUUGUUUUUGGCGAGCGGCCGCGGCCGGCCGGGGCGAGCGGCCCCCCCCCCCCUUCCCUCCUCUUCCUCCUCCUCAGACCCCCCCCUCACCCCGGGGUGGGGUGGGGGGGGCUUCAAACCCCCCCCCCCUCCUCUUCCCACCCCCUCAGCCGCUCGGAGAAACCACCCAAAUCGCCCCAAAAACUCCUCGGAAUCGUCGCCGGAGCCCCCGGCCCCCGCUCGUAGGUAGAGUUGAACAUUCCUCGGAGCCGCCGGAGCCGGGGGGUGUCGUGUCCCCCCCCCGUCCCCCCCCCCCCGACCCCCGGGGCCUUUCCCUGCCCCCCCCCCCACCCCGGCCGCUCCCCCGCCGUGUCCGUUCCAGAGGAGAUCGACAAAACAAAAAAAAAAUACAAAAAAAACCAACAACAACAAAAAAAAAACCACCAACGACAAUUGUACGCUCAGUUUUUACUUUUUACCGCUUGUUUUUAACUUCACAAAUAAAUGAGAACAAAACUC